UGCCAUUUUACUUAGAAGCGAUCAGUUGAGACUUGUCUGUUUUUAAGGCUGGUUGAGGCUGUUAUUUUUGUUUAUCAGUUUACGCCUGUGAGGUAAUUAACGGGAGCAUUUUUGCUUCAAUGAGUUUCAUUACAGAAGUUAGAAAGAGGAUACAUCACCUGUUGAUGGAGUUGUUUUUGAGGGUGGAAGGAGAGUAUUGCCAGGCACAACACAAGUAAACCUUCUGCCUGUGCUAGUUUUGUAUAGACAACUAGUCCAUUCUGUUUGUGGUAUCUGUAUGGGGUAAAUAGUGGACUAAAGCUUCGGCACACGAGCAGCAACGAAGACAUCUGAUACUGAAAGCUGUAAGCAUUGAGAGAGUAACUUGAGAGCUCUUGAUUUCUCGUGCUUAGUGUUUUAUUACUUGAGGUGGCAAGUUGACAUUUGCUUUGUUUUGGUCAUCUUCAUUUUUUCUUUUUAAAUCCUAAGAAACAAAAAGUUUCUCUGUUUUCUAUUGUGUAAUGGACAUUAUGAAACAAAAAACAAUGAGACCAGCGCCAUCAGAAAUUACUUUCAAAAACAUGCGGUUUCUUAUUACGGACCGACCAACAGAUUCAACUGUUCCCAGUUUCCUGGAGGAAUUGAAGAAGCAUAAUGUUAAGGAUGUUGUGAGGGUUUGUGAAGCCACCUAUGAGACUGAUUUAUUGGAGCAGGAGGGUAUUAAUGUGCAUGAUUGGCCAUUUGAUGAUGGCUCACCUCCACCAGGUAAGAUAGUGGAAGACUGGUUUGAUUUAUUGAAGACAAGAUUCAAAGAUGACCCAGAAGGAUGUGUAGCUGUUCACUGUGUAGCUGGUUUAGGAAGGGCACCAGUACUAGUGGCUUUAGCACUAAUAGAACUGGGCAUGAUGUAUGAAGAUGCUGUUGAGCACAUUAGGCAAAAACGGCGAGGAGCUAUUAACUCUAAACAACUCUCCUACCUGGAAAAGUACCGUCCUAAGUCACGAUUGAAAAUGAAGAAUGGACAUAGGCCUUGUUGUCUUCAGUGAAACAAGCAUCUUCUUAACCUCCAGAAAGUUUUGAAUAGGUUUUAACACUAACUUUGGACAUUGUUGUAUUGAAAUUGUGUUCAUGUUGAGAUAUGGCACAGUAAGAGGCACAUGUAUCUCUGUAAUUUGAUGCUAUACCCCAUCUGCUUCCUACAGGAGUCACAUGUAUUACAUCUCUUAGAUAUUGUGAACCAUUCCUGUUGUAUUUUGCACUUUUUAGAGUAAAUACAACCAUCCAGUUAAAAUUGUUUUCUGUAAGACAUUUUUGUUCUCUCACUGUCUCUUCCUCCAGCUAUUGACUCGUGUAACUGAAAUCUUUACUUUUACUUGUGAACUGGUUUUAAUGUGAAACUAUGACUGUCCAAAACACUAUUUCUUGUAGAGACUAUGGGUUAUCACAAAUUAAAUGAAUGAGAUUUGACUGUCAAAAACAUCUGGUGUCACACACUCUGUGUGAGACAAAAAUUUCCACUUGGUGUUGUUUAAAUGACUUUUCAUGGUAACUGUAUUGAAAUUUAUGUAAAAUCAAGAUUUCCAAGACUUAAUUUGCAGCUUGUUUAUAAUUGAGUGACAAUAUAUUUUAUGCACAGAUAAAUACACAAUUGGUCAUGCAACGAUAGUAAAUUACUGUGGUACUCCAAGAACUGGAGUUGUCUGUGUUGUCCAGCUGUAACUUUUUGCCUAGGGAAUAAUAUUUUUCUAAAAUAAUUUGGGCCAUUUUUAAUGUUAUCCAUCAAUCAGUUUUCUUCAAAAUGCUUAUAAAAUUAGCAGGAAAUUUUUCUUUUUAUGUUAAACAUUAAAAUAUUGCAAUAUGUAUCAUCAUCAGUUUAUGUUAUUAAAAUAUUUUUCAAUUGUAUUACAAUUACAAAGGUGACGUUAAAAUAUGAAUAGGUAAAAAUUAAUGCAGUGCAACUUCAUUUUUUUUGUUUCAGAUUUUGUCUCGGAUAUUUUAAUAUAGUUGUGAAACUUAGAUAUUUCUCUCUUAUGAGUGUUUUUAUCAAUGUGCAAUGAAGUAUUGCUGGAUAAACGUAUUAAAUGUGAAUACGUUAUUCCUAAAAAAUAAUGCUGAGUUGCUAGUUUUUAGAAUUUAAUGUUUCACCUCAUUUGGAAAGUGCAGUAAUCUUCAAAGCAUCUGUGUUUAGCAGCUUCAGGUGCUCCUCAAUAUUGUGUAUUUUUACCAAAAACAUUACAUGCCCAAUACAGAUAUAAAAUAGUUAUUUUAUAUCUGAUCAGUGAUUCUUCUACUAAAUUUGUAGUGAUUCUUAUUAUUUUAACCCUUUACAGAAUUAUAUUGGAUUUAACAGUUUUGCUCUGUUUCAUUUGCUGCUUGUUUAACAGCUGAGUAUUCUAAAACACUUACUGAAACAGUUAAUUUAUUUUUCACAAAUUCUUACAAUGGUCAGAUUUGCAAUGUGAAUAUAAUAUUUCAGAAAAAAAAUUAACCAUUUAGAUUAUAAGGAGCUAAUAAUCAUUCUUACAGAAUUCUAAUUCUAGAAAUAAUUGGUGCAGGUGUUUUGUAAUGAAAAUGAACUAUGUAAUUAUGUUGAACUUGCAAUUACUGGGUUUAAAAUUUUGUUGUGAAAAAAUCAUUAAUCCAAUUAAGUUACAGGAAUACCUCGCUCUUGAUGUCUUCAAUAUUUCCAGAUAAAUAAAAAACUUAGGGAGAAGGAUAUAAAUAAAACUUAUUAUUUUGCAACUACAUUUCCAAGCUCCUUACAAAAACAUUAUUAUUAGAUCUUUUUUUUGUUUAAUGUUAGUGGUUUUUCUUUUAAUUAAAUUAAAUGUGAUUAAAUUAUGUAAUUAAUUAUUCCCCUCUAUUAGAGGAACCUGACAGGCCAAAAGAAAUAAAACAACUCUAACAGUCAGUGAAUGGAUUUAUUCAUUUAGUAUCCUUCUUAUAUCUUAAUUAAUUAAAUUUGUUUUUAAUUUUCAAUAUCAAAAGACUAUGUUAAAUGUCCAUUCUUUUGUAUCCUGACAGAAGCUUUUGCUUUAUGAAUUUUUAUUUAGAUUCUCUUUUUGUGAUUUUUUUUAAAAGUAAAAACUAGUUAAUCUUGUUUUUGUAAACGUUUUAGUUUGAACAGAGCUGUGAGUUUUCAGAAAGAGCAAAUUGGAAUGAACUCGUUAGAUUUAGUAAUAGACUUGUGACUGUAUGGUUGGAAAAAAAAAGUAAGUAGCUAGACAAAUUAGAUUUUGGUAUAUUUCUCUUUUUCUUUUGUGGUGAUGAUAUGUGUACAGCUCAUUGUUAUAUUCCCAACUGUGUACAAUAAAAGUGACCUUUUAUUUCCCUAAUGUUCAUUCUCUUUCAACCAAAAGAGAGAGAAAUUUUUAUCAGCUUAAGUCUAACUCCUACUGUGGCCUAUUUAUUCACAUCAUCAAUCUUCAUAGAGGCUUGUAAGAUUUUCCUGACACUUGCUGUAUGUGCCACUUGUUAUGCUGGAUGUAGAUUGAUGCAGAGUUCAGAAGAUUGUAAUAUCAACUGUAAUUGAUGUAUUUUAAUAAAUCAUAGUUGGUACAACA